AUGAGUACCCAACUGACCCCUACAUAUGGCGCCACCAAAAUACAGUCCAAGAAUCAGAUUAUUUUGCCGAAGAACAUCAGUUUAAGGCACUGUUCGCCCAGCGCUUCGAUAGCAGUGUUGAACACGGGGUUCGCCGACCAGUCCCUGUCCAUGACAUCCACACGACGACCACUGACUGUCAUCUUCUCGUGGAUGUUGGCGAAGGACAAACACGUCGAGAAAUACCGGCAAUUGUGGCACAAAAGGGGUUUCGAUGUGCUCACCGUCAAGACAUCGCCGUUUGAUCUGCUGAUGCCUCCACUCGGCGGUCAAGUGGUGGCCCAGAAUUUGGUGCAAAGUCUGUCCCAACUGUACGCCCAAUACAACGAGAUAGUGGUUCACGCCUUCUCUGUGGGCGGCUAUCAGUUUGGACUCACUUUGAAUGAGUUGACCAAAAGUGGACAAAACGAUCACAUCUUGCGCUCAAUCAAAGGCAUUGUCAUCGACUCCAUGGUAUUCACAGAGGACUGCGCGCCGGGUCUGUCGCGGGCCAUCACAUUGAAUCCGGUGGUGCAGCCGGUGCUCCAGUCAUCCAUUAAUGUGUUUCUUAAGCUAUUUAAACACAUUUCCGUCAAAUACUACGACACGGCGUCGCAUAUGAUCUUUAAUCCGGUCGUCAAAUAUUCCGGUCUAUUUUUCUACUCGAAGGACGAUGUGGUCAGUAGUGUUACGGCCAAUGAGAAAGUGAUGGAGAAUUGGUCUAAAUUAGGACAUCGGGUGCGCCACAAGUGUUGGGACACAUCUACUCAUGUGCUUCACUAUAGAGACCAUAAGAGUGAAUACGAGGAGGAAUUGGAUGACUUCCUCAAGAAUCUCAAACUCAGAAACUCCAAGAUUUGAUGCAAUUCUUACGACCAGUCUAUUAUUGGUUCAACAAUUGGUGGCAAUAAAUGGCUUAAAAUGUGUUUUUAUUGACAUUUAAUUAAUUUUUAAUAUAAAAUAUAAAUUAAUUUAUUUUAAUUGUAAACAAGAAAUGCUGUUUAAAAUUGAAUGCAAUUCACGAAUGCUGUAAUCGCUUCCACUAUUAGGUCA